AUGUAUGGCCAGGAAGGGACACAACAACUGCCGACAAUCGAGCUUACUCCGCUUGAACAAACUGUGAGAAGACUCUUGCUCGACGUACAGGAGUACAUAGGACAGACGAGGCAUGCACAAUGCAGUGCAGUACAAGGAGACAUGGUGCUACGGUUUACUGGUGGUUGGGUACGAGACAAGUUGUUAGGCGUUACGAGCCACGAUAUCGAUGUCGCAAUUAGCACAAUGACUGGGCUUCAGUUUGGAACAUACCUGAAGGAAUAUUUGGAUGAUCCCGAAAACCUGGAGAAAUAUAAGAAUUGCGGCCAAUCUGUUCUCAGCGACGACAUGCUGAAAAUACACAAAAUCGAAGCAAACCCGGAAAAGUCCAAGCAUUUAGAGACAAUCACCACAAGGCUGUUUGGCCUGGAUAUCGACCUAGUGAAUCUCCGAAAAGAAACAUACACCGAGGACAGCCGAAAUCCGCAAAUGGAAUUCGGUACGGCUGAAGAGGACGCUCUGCGUCGAGACGCAACCGUCAAUGCAAUGUUUUACAACCUCAAUACGUCGAUGCUGGAGGAUUUCACCGGGCUAGGAAUCGAAGAUAUGAGGAAGAAACUGAUCAGGACCCCGCUCGAUCCGUAUCAGACAUUUAGAGACGAUCCCCUACGUGUGCUCCGGCUUAUACGAUUCGCUAGUAGGCUACAGUAUCACAUUGACGAGGAGUCUCAGAGGGCUAUGCAAAAUGAUGACAUAAAACAGGAUCUCAAGCUAAAAAUUAGCAAAGAACGUGUAGGAACAGAGGUUGAAAAGAUGCUCCAAGGCAAGUCUUCAAAUUACACACACGACAGGCCGGAUCCUAGAACUGCAUUGAAGUACAUAGGGGACCUUGGGCUCUACUCUGUCAUAUUUGAAAACCAACAAGAUGACGCAGAGCCGAAUAUCGCUUCUUGGUCUCUGGCCUACGAUGCCCUAGAUGGGAUAAUGCGCCUUCCUGACAGGGAGGAUCACCACUCGUUGAGUGUCAAGCACAUCAGAGAUAUCCUUAUGCGAGAUGAAACUGAGCGGAAUCAUGCCUGGGUCAUCGCUGCAUUCGUACCAUGGGCACUUGUACCUGCCCGUGAACCGAGAUCGAAGACGGAGAAGCCGCCUGUGAUGGCACGGGCUGCUGAAGUUGCGAGGGACAACCUUCGUAUGGACAACAAAACUAUUAGUCUCUUGCGGGACGCAGCUACACAUUUUAGAGAUGCCAGCGCUCUGAAAACAUCUGUCGUCUUGAACAGCAUUACAGGCACAGCAGCCGAAGUCAGGCAGCAUGUUGGCCUUCAAAUCCGGUAUUGGAAGAAAGAUUGGCGAAUGAUUGUGAUAAUGGCACUCUUACAAGAGCUUGUCGCAGGAGCCGAAUGCUCUCAAGUCAUCCGAGAAUACGACGUGUUUCUUUCAUAUUUAGAGAGAGAGGAACUCCUCGAGGUAACAGAACUAAAGCCGAUUGCCAAUGGCAAUGAAGUGUCUGCUGCCCUUGGAGUUCGCGGAGGGAAAUGGAUGAGCACGGCUCUAGAGAUGCUGAUCAAGUGGCAGCUGCUUCAUCCUGAGAUUGCUGAGAAGGAUCAGGCAUUGGAGGAGUUAAAAGACCGACGAGCGGAACUUGGCGUAUAA